AUGUUUGCGGCCAGUGUUCGAGUAUUGCACCGGAAGGUCACACGGCAGGCACUACAACUCCCGCAUCCGGUGCGAUGGUCUUCGGAGGGCAAUAUUUUAAAGUUAAAGGAGCGCGGUUUCAUACAGGAUGUAUUUCCGGCCGAAACGAUCGACAAAGCCCGAUCCAUGCUUGGCUUGACGAGUCAAACCGUUUAUGCGGGAUUCGAUCCAACCGCCAACAGUUUGCACGUGGGCAAUCUGUUGGUAUUGAUUGGGCUUUUACACACCCAACGGGCUGGCCAUCAACCGAUCGCACUCGUUGGCGGUGCUACCGGGCUGAUAGGUGAUCCUUCCGGGCGCAAAACAGAACGGCAGCUGCUAGCAACGGAAACCGUCCAGCACAACGUUACCUGCAUUAAGCGACAGAUCGAGCAAAUCUUUUCGAACCAUGAGCGCUUUUUCUGGGAUAAACCGGGCACACUGAAACCGGUGCUUGUCGUUAACAAUGCGGACUGGUACCGGCAGUACAGCUUCGUUGACUUUAUGGCCAACGUUGGGCGACACUUUCGCAUGGGUGCAAUGCUCUCACGUACCUCCGUACAGAGCCGGCUUACUAGCGAAUCCGGUAUGAGCUUUACCGAGUUUUCCUACCAACUGUUCCAGGCGUACGAUUGGUUGCAUCUGUUGCGGCACCACGAUUGUCGGUUUCAGCUCGGCGGUUCGGAUCAGAUGGGAAACAUCAUGUCGGGGCAGGAGCUGAUCAGCCGUACCGAAUCGAAGGAAGUAUUCGGUUUAACUUUACCACUCAUCACCAACGAGGAGGGUGAUAAGUUUGGCAAAUCAGCCGGCAACGCAGUAUGGCUCUCGGAUGAACGUACCUCCCCGUACGCGAUGUAUCAAUUUUUCGUUCGCACACCCGAUUCGGAGGUGGAAAGGUUGCUACGAUUGCUUACCUUUCUGCCGAUGCAAACGGUCGAUCAGGUGAUGGCAAGGCAUCGCCGUACGCCGGAACUUUGGGAAGCACAAAAGUUGCUAGCCGGUGAACUGACCAAGCUGGUGCACGGUGAGGAUGGUUUGGCGAAAGCGAUCGGCAUUAGUAAAGCGCUUUACAACGGUGAUUUGUCGACGCUCGAGCUGCUGGAGGUGAAGGAUAUUGCGCAAAGCUUUGGUGGUGCGCCACUUUGUGAGAUACUGCCCGAGCCGGGCAUGACGGUGGUGGAUGUGGCUCUUCGUGCUCGAUGCUUCCCGAGCCGGGCGGACGCGGAUCGAAUUAUCGGGGCCGGUGGGUUCAGUAUAAACUUUAAGAAAGCGAAAAACCCGCUGGAAGUACUAUCGCCUGCGGUCCACAUCCUUUCGAACGGGAUAUCACUGCUGCGCGUAGGUAAACGGAAUUAUUACAUUGUGAAGUGGAUGCUGUAG